AUGGCGACUGAGACGGUGGAGCUUCAUAAGCUGAAGCUUGCUGAACUAAAGCAGGAGUGCCUUGCUCGUGGUUUGGAGACCAAGGGAAUAAAACAAGAUCUCAUCAACAGGCUCCAGGCAUAUCUUGAAGAGCAUGCUGAAGAGGAGGCAAAUGAAGAAGAUGUACUGGGAGAUGAAACAGAGGAAGAAGAACCAAAGCCCUUAGAACUGCCUGUCAAAGAGGAAGAACCUCCUGAAAAAACUGUUGAUGUGGCAGCAGAGAAAAAAGUGGUAAAAAUUACAUCUGAAAUACCACAGACUGAGAGGAUGCAGAAGAUAGCUGAACGAUUCAAUGUACCUGUGAGUUUGGAGAGUAAGAAAGCUGCCCGGGCAGCUAGAUUUGGUAUUUCUCCAGUUCCAUCAAAAGGUCUGUCGUCUGAUACCAAGCCUAUGGUUAACAUGGAUAAGCUAAAAGAAAGAGCUCAAAGGUUUGGUUUGAAUGUCUCUUCAAUCUCCAGAAAGUCGGAGGAUGACGAAAAGCUGAAAAAGAGGAAGGAGCGAUUUGGGAUUGUCACAAGUUCAGCUGGAACAGGAACCACAGAGGAUACAGAGGCAAAGAAGAGGAAAAGAGCAGAGCGCUUUGGAAUUGCCUGA